UGGAGACCGCGCGGGGCGGCGAAUGAGGUGCGGCGGCUGUGGCCCAGGGCACCCCCCCACCCCCGGCUUCCCGAACCCUGCCCCGUCCGACCGGGGAGGGAGGAUGGAAACACCAGCCGCGCUCUGAGCCCCUCCGGAAGAUAACACUUUUCCCGCCACACCGCCCCGCGGUCUACGAGCCCAUCUCCCAGAGCGGGGCCGAGCGGAAAAGCGAGCAAUGGCGGAUAACCUGAGGAAACUGGUCUCCAACGAAUCUUUAAGAUCGAUGCAGGACCAGCUAGAGUCCUGGCUGAGGGAGUACAACACGAACUCAUGUGAUCAAAAUCUAAAUCAUUGCCUCGAACUCAUUGAACAAGUCGCCGAAGUGCAGAGACAACUCUUUGGGAUCUUCACUAUGGCAGCCCAAGAGGGAGGACAUUAUGAUGGUGUGGAAACAAUCAAAUCGCGCCUUUUGCCUUGGCUGGAGGCCUCCUUUACUGCCGCUUCCCUAGGAAAACCUGUCGACAGCAAGGUGUCCUCUCUACAGGACACGUUUGAUAAGGACGGACAUAAAGAGUCUGGCGCUCGGGAUCGGGACAUACAACAAUUAGAUGCUGAUUUGAAUGCAACUCGUCAUCAACUCAACCAGGUUCAAGACGAUAUGGCUGAAACUGAAAAGACUCUUGAAGAAACCAAGAACAGAUCGGCCAUAUCCCUUCUGACUGCAGAGGAGGAAAUAAAUCAGCUAAGAAAGCAGUCCGCCAGGAGCCGGUCUCCGAGCCCUGACCCUCGCAGCCACGGCCGCAGCCGCAGCCGGUCCACCAGCCCCAACACCGCGGUCGCGAAGGUCAGGAGCCCGUCUCCAAGUCGCGCCAAACUGUCCAGCGCGGCGCGCAAGGCCGCCCUGCUGUCCCGGUUCAGCGACGCCUAUUCCCAGACCCGCCUGGAUGCGCAGUGCCUGCUGCGGCGCUGCAUCGACAAAGCCGAGACGGUGCAGCGGAUCAUCUACAUCGCGGCAGUGGAGGCGUUCCAUGUAGCUAAAGUGGCAUUCAGACACUUCAAGAUCCGUGUGAGGAAAUCGCUGACACCGUCUUAUGCAGGGUCAAAUGACUUUGAGGAUGCUGUUUUGGAUUAUAUCAUUUGUCAUCUUGAUCUAUAUGAUUCCCAAAGCAGUGUUAAUGAUGUGAUCCGAGCCAUGAAUGUCAAUCCCAAGAUUUCAUUCCCUCCUGAAGUUGACUUUUGCCUCCUCAGUAACUUCAUCCAUGAGAUAUGUUGCAUCGCCUUUGCAAUGCAGACUUUAGACCCACCUCUCGAUAUUGCAUUUGGGGCCGAUGGAGAAAUUUUUAAUGAUUGCAAGUACCGUCGAAGCUAUGACUCCGAUUUCACGGCUCCCUUGGUCUUCUAUCACGUGUGGCCUGCUAUCAUGGAGAAUGACUGUAUCAUUAUGAAGGGAGAAGCUGUCACCAGGAGAGGGGCUUUUUGGAACUCAGUGCGAUCUCUAAGUCGAUGUCGAAGCAGGAGUUUAAGUCCCAUCUGCCCUCGUAGCCGUAUUAGUUUAAGCACGAUAUCUCGAAGCCGGAGUCCUUCUCCAAUAAGAUAUGGAUUGCCAAGGUUUUAAAACCACCAGCCAUGUUCCUCUACCCAGGAUGUCUGCAACGGCCAACUUACCCAGUGCCUCCGCCUGCCUGCUGUCUGCCUCAGACCUCACUUAAGAUAAUGUGAAAAGGCAAUUCUGUGUAUCACUUCACACAGAGAGUUAAAUGUUUUGGCUUAGUGCAUUUGUAACUUCAGAUAUAUUGCAUUUUAUUUUAUUUUAUAGAUACAGAGUCCAUUAAUUUGAUAAAAAAAACAAUUGCCUAGGUAUUUAGGAUCAUAUUCAUUCGAAGCAAAGUCCAUUACACAGGUUCAGGAUUCUCAUCCUGAAAUACGAGGCUCUUUUAUAGCAACUACAAGAACUAAAGUGGAAAAUCUUUACCAUGCUAAGUCCAAAAGACAAGAGGAGUCAUUUCAGUUUAUAAACUGAUCAUAAAUAUUAUAAUUGCUGGUUUUAGCUUUAACUGGAAAACAAUCUGGGGUGUUUUAAUUUUCUUUGGGGGUUUGGAAGACAGCCCUAGUCUCAGGUUGGGGAACUUAUAGCAUAGCAGUGACUUCAGGCUAAAUGUAGGUGAUGAUGAUUUAGGAGAAUAUAGUUCAUUGGCUCGCUUCUCUUUUCUUACUGUGAAGUGCCCAGUGUGGCUGAAUUGAGCACUGUUUGUUGAAGCUACUUACUUGAGAGAAUUCUCUUGCUUCAUAAAUGCAGAGCUGUGAUUUGGAUAGAAGCCAGUUUGGAGAUAAAUGUUAAUUACCUUGUGUUUAUCUCCUGGGAAUAUUUCGGGCAGUUUUAAUGUAUGUGUGAAAUAUAAAAGAUUCCUGGGACACACCCUUUACCUAUUCCACCUGGUUGUUUACAAACUCAGACCGCGUAAGAACUCCAUCUGACUAAAAACACUUAAACUCAAGGCUAAAAGCUAAGGGUACCAUUUAUGGAUUUUAAAUUGAAUGUCUAUCCCUUGAUUCCUUCACUGUGAAGUACUGUUGAAAAAGUUCACAUUCAAGGUUAUAAUGGAAUGUUGCUUUCUCAAGAUUAAUAAUGUUCUUUCUGUUUUGUUUUUUUUAAAAAUUCUUUUCACUUUAAUGCUGGUUUUAAACACAAGCUUUGCAAAUGACAGCUUUUGCUGUGUGCCUUUUAGAGAGAAGCGCUGAACUGGUCACAGCUCAGUUUGUGUAAGCUCAGCACCGGAACCAGCACCUGGGGCUUUUUAGGUGAAAACAAACAAACAAAAAACCCCACAAAAAACCAAAAAAAUCUUCCCUAAAGCAUCUUGCCUCUUGUGCUGGGACACAGGGACGGGGAGAGACCUCCCCAGCCUCCACCCCUUGGGUCUAAUGGUCACCAACUCAUUCUGAAGCGUGAACUUAAUUGUUCUCCCUCUGCAUUUAUGUAGGCAUCACUUUGAGGCAGGGCUGCGUGCUGGAAGGAGAACUCAGUGCCCAGGUAACUCCAGUUCUGACUUGAUCAUCUGCUUGCUUGG